UUAUGAGAUGGAGCUCAUCAAAUCAGCUAUAACAGGUGAUCUAACUAGUCGAUUAAUCUCCUUUCUUGUGAACAAGUUUUCAGAUCAUACAUGCUCUGAGGAGAAGGUAACAAGACUGGAGCAACUCCUUCUAAGAGUUCACAUGGUUGUCGAGGAGGCAGAUGGGCGAUACAUCACCAAUUCAUGUAUGCUAGUGCAUCUGAAGAUGGUAGUCACAGCCAUGUACAGUGGCUAUCGUGUGCUGGACACCAUCAAAUACAUGAAGAAUAAGGAGGACACCGGUGACCUGGUAAAUGACUCCUCAACAUCAUCUGCCUUAUCUUUUGCUACUCCUCUCAAACGUUCUCGCACUACUGUCUGUACUGCAAGAAAAAGGAUAUUCAGUAGUGAGUUACAAUGUGCACUAGAAAAACUAGAAUCUGUAGUUGGUGAUAUGAAUGAGUUUGUCAUCCUUUUGGCUGGAUGCGAGCGCAUUUCCCAAAAGCCCUACGAUACAUAUAUUUACAUCGACAAUUUCAUGUUCGGUCGACACGUGGAAAAGCAACAUCUCAUCAACUUCUUACUGGAAAACAAUAUUGCUGGUCCUCCACCUGUACUACCGAUUAUUGGAGGUCGUGGAGUUGGGAAGAGAACACUUGUCACGCAUGUAUGCAAUGAUGAGAGGGUUAGCUCUCAGUUCAAUUUUAUUUUGCACAUCAAUGGAGCAAACCUUGGGCAAAUUACAGAAAAUGGAAAUCUUUCAGCGAGGACACUUGUAAUUGAGUUUUUUUCAGAUGUAGAUGACAAUGAUUGGAAAAAAUUUUAUUCACAUGUUACAAACCUGAGCAGAGAAAAUAAAGUGAUAAUCUUGACUACAAUUGAAAAACUGGAGAGAUUUGGAACUGUCAAGCCAAUGACUCUAAAUAGGCUGGUAUAUGAAGAGUACAGGUACCUAUUCAAGACACUCGCAUUUGGAAGCACAGACCCAGUAGACCAUCCACAACUCAUUCCAAUUGUGGAAGAAUUCGCAGAGCUAUUGGAAGGAAGGCUUAUCCCAGCCAACAUACUUGCAGAUGUAUUGAGAAAGAAUUUGAAUGUUCAUUUCUGGCUUUGCAAACUGAGACAGGUCCAAAUUACAGCCAAGAAGAACAUGACCAUGUCUGGCGCCCAUCCACACAAACUUUUUGAUCAAGGUCAUCCAGCACAUUUCACGGGCUACAUAUUGUCUCCUCCAACUAUUAUCACACCAAAUGUUCCCCAAAAUGAUUUGCCACAGUUGAGAUUUGGUGACUUGCUAACAGGCCAUAUUUUUCCACCGAACGGUGAUUUUAAGUUAAUUUCAUGGGAGUCGAGGAUACCGCCAUACACUUCAUUUGUUCACACGGCUCGCUUCUGUCUAAGUCUUUCUCAAGAUCAACCUGAAUCACCUUUGUCAGGGAGGAAGCAUCGAAGGCCAUUUUCCUAG